ACGUCUGGGAAGCGGAGACACCGAGCAGCAGGUCACCUCAGCAGCCCAGGCGGACGGAUAAUACAAACUAAACCAGCUCGAGAACACGGCGCGUGCUCCGUGAAACACCGCCGGAUAGAUAUUUUUAUAAACUUGACGUCGUUUGGAAGUAACACGGACAUCGGAGCGGGAUAGUGUGGACAGCUGGACACCGAGCAGGAGCACAAAAAUAACUUUUUAUCCUCUUUUUGUCGUCGUCGAGGAAAUAUCUUCACUGUCUGGGUCGCGUGCGCAACAGUGGACCAAGUACAAGUCGGUUUAAGUUGUGCUGUUGUUUGUAUUUGUGCCCGUGGAGCUGGUGACGGUGAGGCGGACACCAGAGAAGCGGCGGCUCGGCAGCCACCUGACCUCCUGGAAAAUAAGACCGCAGCUAAUGACACGCAGGCUGAGAGCCUUACGUGGGUCAUUACUAAGCUCUCUGACGGAGCGGGGCGAGUUCUCCGCGAGGUUGUUGCACGUCCAAGUCUUGACGCACCCUUCCACACGUGAAGUUUGCAGAAUCCAAUUACUGAUAGCCUAUCUGAAUUAUGUAAUAAGCGAGUGAUCUGUCAGCGCCAGACAGCAUGGAUAUAACCGGAGUGCACGUCCUCCAGCAGCGGUCGUGAUGUCAAGCGCCGGUCUGAUCCCGCGCCGCCAGCCUGUAAUGCCUGCACUCUAACCCGCACCAGUGUGGCGCCGUGUCCCGGUCGCACCGCCAGGAUGAGCAGCACCGACCUGGAGCGCAUGUCGCUCAGCUCCUCGGCAAACUCGGUGGCCUCCAGCGCGCGGACGUUGUCGGCCAACGUGAGGAAGCUACACAACGCGCUCAACCUCCUGCUCAACGACUUCGAGAGGGAGCAGUUCAUCCACUGCCUCAAUGUGUACCACUCCAAACGCAACGUGUACGACCUGGUCCAGACCCUCAACGUGAUCCUCAACGCGCCCAGCAAGCGGCAACUUCUGCCCAUGCUGCGCCUGGUCAUCCCCCGCUCUGACCAGCUCCUCUUCGAGCAGUACACCUCAGAGGGCCUCUACUUAAAAUCGGAUUUAGUUGCAAGCAACGGCAACGCCGACCCCCCGCCGGGCGACUUCCCCAGCGCCAGCCCGACUCCCCCCGGGCAUUUCUCUCCAAACAACCCACCCGAGUUCCAGGUGGCGUUGCGCGGCUCGCCGGACAGCUUCAGCACCAGCAGCGAUGGGACAGCUCCCCUCGUGCCGCUGCUCGGGAGGAACUUUGUCCACGAGCCGCCGGGUGAGAUCCGGCAGGUCACCAUGAAGCGACACAAGAGCAACGAGGGCCUGGGCUUCAGCAUCCGCGGCGGCUCGGAGCACGGGGUGGGCAUCUACGUGUCUCUGGUGGAGCCGGGGAGCCUGGCGGAGAAGGAGGGUCUCCGCAUCGGCGACCAGAUCAUGAAAGUCAACGACAAAGUCUUCGACAAAGUCACACAUGCUGAAGCAGUGAAGGUGCUGAAGGGCAGUAAAAAGCUCUGCCUCUCUGUGCGUUCAGUCGGGCGGAUUCCAGGCGGCUACGUCACCAACCAUGUUUAUACCUGGGUUGACCCCCAGGGUCGCAGUGUGUCCCCUCCUCCUGACCUGCCUGAGCAUCGGAGCGCCACCCUGAGAAGAACUGACAGCCAGCGACGCAGCAACAUGCAGCUAUUGCAGGAGGGAGACGAAAAGAAGGUCAACUUGGUGUUGGAUGACGGCCGGUCUCUGGGUCUCAUGAUCCGGGGCGGAGCAGAAUAUGCUCUAGGUAUUUACAUCACUGGAGUGGACCAGGGAUCAGCAGCAGAGUGUGGAGGACUCAAGGUCGGCGACCAGAUCUUGGAGGUGAAUGGCCGCAGCUUUCUGAGCAUCCCGCACGACGAAGCCGUCAGGGUCCUGAAGUCGUCACGGCACCUCAUGAUGACAGUGAAAGACGUGGGGCGCCUGCCGCACGCCAGGACAGUGGUGGGUGAGACCAAGUGGAUCGCCAGCUCGCAGAUUGGAGAGAGCUCCGCCAACAGCAGCGUGGCAGGCUUCUCGGUGGACAAAGGAGCCUCCGCAGCAGGAAAGCCUGGGUUUUAUAAAGGUGUGGCGGGCUCACAGGUGACCCUCUCCAGCCUGGUGAACCAGUCGCGGGCCAUGCUGGAGGAGCAGGCCCGCCACUUGCUGACGGAGGCGGAGCGGCAGACCAUGGGCUACUACGUGGAGGAGUACCGAGAAGGACACAUCGGAGUGGAGCAGCUCGUCGUGGCGCUGUUCGAGCUGCUCAACACGCACGCAAAGUUCUCUCUACUGUCAGAGGUGCGAGGCCUGGUCACCCCACAGGACCUGGAGCACUUUGACGGGCUGGUGCUGAGACGUGAGAUCCAGGCUCUGAAGGCGCGACAGGGGACAGCUGGAGCGACGGCACUCCAACCAGACUCCCUGUCCAUGGUGUCAUACCCAGACACCUUGACCUCGUCGUCAGCCAGCUUCAUGACGAACACCACCCUCAGCUCUGCACGGAAUGACAGCGUGGUGGAAAGUAAUGAAGAGGAUCCUCCGGAGAGUCUGAACACGCUGCUGACCGACAUCUCUCUGGACGACGUACAGUCCAACACAGCUGAGUCUCCCCCCUCCUUCAAGCCUCCGCCCCCACCCGGGGUGCAGAGGCGCCCAACUAGACGAGAUCAGCUCAACAAAUGCCCCUCAUCCGAAUCCUCCCACUCAGGCUUGUACUUCACAGCCCCGGCCUCUCACAGCCACAGCAAAGAGCCAGGACACGCCCCCGCUUCGCCCGCACUGCACCACAAACAACAUCCCAGGGACCCGUCUCGGGACUACGCAGUCAUCAAAAAAAGAGAUCCCUCGGUACCGUUCAAGAAAGAGCACAUAGCAGCUGCUCAGUUGUCCAUGGUCACACAGCACAACAUUGGCCCUUUCCCCAGAGUCCAGUCCCCCAGCAGAGGCACCAAACCUGCUGCCCCGUCCCCCUCACCUCCACCUCCACCUCCACCUCCACUCCCUGCUCCUCCUCCUCCCCCUUCUUUGCCCCUUAAGCCAGUGUCCAUGUCCAAAGCUUCCGGCUCCACUCCUGGCUCUAAACAACAGUUUGUUACAGUGGAGGUUCACAGGCCCAAUGCAGAGCCUGACGUCAACGAGGUGCGGCCGCUGCCCCAAGCUCGAGGUGGUGCCCUGUCUCAGCUGUCAGACAGUGGCCAGACCCUCAGUGAGGACAGCGGGGUGGACAUAGCUGAGUCAGGACACGUCAGCAAAGACAGCAGUCCCCAUUCCUCACGCACUCGCCACCCUCGAGACACCCAGGGGGGCGGGGGGGACAACCCCUCCAAACCGCCGGGGCUGUUGGAGCCCACCUCGACACUAGUGAGGGUGGCAAAAAGUGCCAGCACUCUGGGUAUUGCCAUUGAAGGAGGAGCCAAUACUCGACAACCGCUGCCACGAAUUGUCACAAUACAGAGGGGUGGCUCAGCUCAUAACUGUGGCCUGCUGAAGGUGGGUCAAGUGAUCCUGGAGGUAAACGGGGUUUCCAUGAGGGGCCGCGAGCACAGGGACGCCGCACGCCUCAUUGCCGAGGCCUUCAAGACCAAAGAGAGGGACUACGUGGACUUCCUGGUGACCGACUUCAAUGUGGCGCUAUAGCUGAGUCGAAGAGGAGUGAGGACAAUGUGGGCAGCGCCAAGAGAAGAAGAGUUCAAGGACAACGUGAGAGGAAGACAUUUAAGCGUCUAUUGUUUUAAAUGGCACAACUCUUUUAGAUAGACAUAAACGAACCACCAUCUGAUCUCUGAGCCGCUCUUCUACAAAAAAAAAAAACAACCCACCCUUUGAGUCUGGAUACAUGAUACUCAAAUUUACAAGGUAUUACUUCCGCCGUGGACUUCGUUCAGGAUCCUCCUCAACGUGUUACCUCCCCACUGUGAGACCUUAUGCACUAAAAAGGAAAGUAGUGAAACCCAAUACAUUUUCUUUGUCCUCUCAGUGUUGAAACUUGUGGAGUUACAACCAUUUGAAUCCCACUGGACCUUCUCGUAGCACUCCCACUUCCCAUGGUCAGUUAAUUUAUUUUUCGCUUCUACCUGAGAGACAACUGCACACCUAAGACUGAUUCACGCUCGACUUUACAAGCUUGGAUUUGUAUAUGUAAAAAUGAACAAAUGUAGAUACAGAUGCGUAUAUACUGUACACAUAAGGAUAUUCCUAUAUGAAUUAUAAAACCCGUAACCUAUGUUGCAUCAUCAGCAUAUAGUGAUAUAUUUCAGAGAUGAUGAUAAUUCAGGCCAUUCUCGUGUUAUGGGAUUCUACACAUUUUACAGUGAUGCUAGUGGCCUGUCUGCAUAUUACCACCCUUGAAUAAAUAAAAUCAUGUCAGGCGAGUAACAGCAGACAUUACAUGCUCAUAUUUGUUUGUCAGACAUCAGGCAAGGCAUGUGUAUGAUGUAAAUCUUCAUAUGGGCAGCACACAAAUGCAUUUCCUGUUUUCUUUUCUACUUCUCCAUGUGUAUCUGUUUUGUUUGAGACUAUGUCCACACUUAAAGCUCCAGUAGGCAACAUUGUUUUGGUAUAAUUGAGUAAAAGUUUUAUAAUAUUCUCUAAGCAUAAUGUAUAUCAAGUGGUCUGAAACAAACAAUAGGUUUCUGCACCUCACCAUGGCUCUGUGUUCAGCCUCUAAAGAAUCAGUA